GCAGCAGCAGCAGCAGCAGGAGCGGGUGGCGGCGGCGGCGGCUUCCGUUGUUGGCGCGCGCGCGGCGGGAGCCGGGCGGUUGGGCGCGCGCGCAAGAUGAGUGAAUCUCUGGUGGUUUGUGAUGUUGCUGAAGACCUAGUGGAGAAACUGAGAAAAUUCCGGUUUCGUAAAGAAACCAACAACGCUGCCAUUAUAAUGAAAAUCGACAAGGAUAAACAGCUGGUGGUACUGGAUGAGGAGCAUGAGGGUAUUUCUCCUGAUGAGCUAAAAGAUGAGCUGCCUGAGAGACAACCUCGAUUCAUUGUGUAUAGUUACAAGUAUCAGCAUGAAGAUGGAAGAGUUUCUUACCCAUUGUGCUUUAUCUUCUCCAGUCCAGUUGGAUGUAAGCCUGAACAGCAGAUGAUGUAUGCUGGGAGCAAGAAUAAGCUUGUACAGACAGCUGAACUCACUAAGGUAUUUGAAAUAAGAAAUACAGAAGACCUAACUGAAGAAUGGCUGCGUGAGAAACUGGGCUUCUUCCAUUAAGAAAACCUCUGUAAUAAGUAUUUAUGUACCAUCCUGAUAAUACUGGAACCAGACAUGAAUACUUACAUCUAAAAAUGCACUGUAUUUACAUCUGUCUUCUGCAGUACAUCUCUUGUGCAAAGUUUGUGCAAAGAAUAGCAGAUCUGUCUCCUUGAAGUAACAAAUCUUUGCAGGUGUUUCCUUAUUUGUACCUGUUAAAGGGAAUAUUACUCUGCAGGGACUCCUUUUGCACUCUUGUGAUUAAUAUUUCUAUGAUUAGAAUAGUUCUGAAUUUAUAACUAUCUACAAACAUAAUUUGGAAGCUGAUGCUAACUUUUUCUGAGCUACAAAUGCAUCCUUAUGAUGUAUGCUAGCCACUUAUAUGCAAAAAUUGUGUAGUCACAUACUUGUCAGACUUUUUGACUUAAUGUCUUCUGAAUUUUGCAAACUAGUCCCUGGAAGUAUUUAGCAUUAAAGACAAAAUCUCUGUACAACAAACCCAUCCAUCAAUCCUUCCAUUGAGUCCCUAUGAACUUUUCCAAAUUCCUGGAACAAACACUUUUAUCAUUCCACUGAUUUCUCAGUUGACUGAGUCAAAUCUUACUAAAUUUCAGGGCAAAGCUUUGACUGUCCAGUUCUUGUGCUGUUAUAGUCUUACAGGAACUAAAUGAUAACAAAGGGCUGAAUUACGACUCUGGUUACUCUCACACCAGAUGUCUUGCAUAUAUAACUUACUACACUGUUAAGAAGUUUACCUCUCUGCUCAUUGCUUUUAUAUAAACACCUGGUAAUACUGUGUGCCUUUAAUUUGUUAGCUUUAAAACGACCUAAGGAUUUUACACUGCCACUUCUUACAAAUUUGGUAGAAACUUUGUUAAAGAUUCAAAGUAAUACUUUUUCCUAGUGCCUAGUGCUGCAGUUGACAUCUGUUAAAAGCUAACCUCAUUUUCUUUGAAAUUCCAGUCAUCUGCUCCGUUUGUAGGAGUCCAGGAAGUUAAAGCUUUUCAUGAUAUUGAAUGAUUUAUAUCUUUUUUUUUCCCGCUUUAAAAGUUGGCUAUACAUAACUAUGGAGUAUUUUAAUGACAGUCUUUUAACUUUCUUAACUGCUUGUUGGCCAAAAUUACAUUCCACUUUUGCAUAAGUGAUAAUUUGAUUUUGAUUUAUUUACGGUUCAUCUCUUUGAAACAGCAAAGAUUCUAAUGUGAAAAUAGUAUUUAACUUUUAUAAACGACCAGUCUUUUUACAGGUCUGUUUUAUAUUGAGUAGAAUAGUUCUGAUAUGUGACAUCAUGUUCAGUGCAUGCAGUGGCAAAAGGAGUACUCAUGUGACAGUAUCUCACAAUCUAGCUCAUGAGUGUUUGUCGUGCUACUGAAUUAAAUAUCUGUGGAAGAGCAGCUUCCUGUUGAUAACAACGUACCUUAAAGUACAGCUGCCCUAACAUCUGUUUUCAAUGAAUGCAGUGUUAAAUUGAGGCCAGUAUUUCAUGCUGUGAAACCUGUGCUGAAGGAAGGUGUGUGAAAAUGUAUGUUGUGUUAGUCUUAAGACAUCCACCUAAGAUCACAUGGAAUUCACUUGCAGGGGUUCUCAGUGUUGGCAAAUCCCUUCUUAGUUUCAUGUUACUGCUCAGUCAUUUGUAUACAAAUCUGACCUGGGAGGAGCUCUUCAAAAUGCAGAUGUUAAGAUCUGAUUAAACUGAUCUUUCAGUGCAGGAAAUAAUUUUGCUUGUAACUAAAGGAAAUAAGAUUUCUGCAUUAACAUAUUGAACUGGAACAACACUGAUUUCUCUGGACAGAAAAUAUUGAUUAUGAAACGGUUACUUGAUCGCUCUGUACUACAGAUCAAUAAAAACAACACCUUUUGUGACAAGCUUGUAUAAAUAAGACUUUGGUUUAAGGAUUGGUGUCACUCUAAGCAUCCAUCUUAAAACAGCAAGAGUCUUGUUCUGCUGGUAUUGUGCUAAAGGUAAGACAUGUCGAAGCACAGAGUGAGCGGAUAGCUGCCACUUGUAAUGUUCAACUUGAUUUACAGUGGGGAGAACUGGAUUAAUAAUCUUUGUCAUUGUACUUUGUACACUGGUGGGCUGCCAGCAUCCAGCUGCUGCUUGCACGGGGCUUGGCAAAAGUACUGGUAGAAGGGGCCUCCCUUUGAGGGAGAGGGGGGGAGCUGCUGCAGUCAGAUUAAAUUUAAUUCUGCAUCUCUGGAUCACUGUGCCUUUUGCCAAGCAAAUACUGCUGCUUACGGCUUUAUCAGUGUACUGGAAGUCUUCAUUAUGAGACUACUCAAAGGGAACGCUCUCUUCCCUUUGAUGUUCUUGUUUCCUCCACCUAAAGACUUUCUGCCUUAGCUGCUGCCCCUCAAGUCUUCUAGAAAGCAGUCAAAUCCUGUUGAGAGCUUUCAAGCCCAGAGUCUUGUGAAAGGUAGUGUUGAUGCUGCUCAGCCCACCAGUACUGUUCUUCAAGCUGUGUUACUUGGUAGUUGUACCUCCUUCCCUUCUUCUCUUGCCUCUGCUGUGGAACUGAGGAAGCAGCUGCAGGUAGCUGAAGAAUGACUGUGCAGAGGAUGUUUGCUGUUCUAGACUCAUUUGUGGUUUCCGUAUUUUUAAUGCAGUAUUCUGACACAACUGUCUGCUGCUACUUACUGUUCAAGGCUCUUGGUUUAGGUAGUAGUGUAAAUUAGGAGGCCAGUAAUGCUAAAUUCAUUAAGCAGAGAUGUUAACUAUAUCAAACUUGUCCUGCACAAAUGCAUGUUUUCACAACAUUUUCUCACCUUAUCCUUAGAACUGCACUUUUGUUAUUGCUGCUCCCUUAAGAUGGGUGGGAAGCGGCUGUGUUCAUGCUUAGAAGGCCAGUAUGUUCUGACUGCGCUUUACUCUUGAUUUGCCUGUUUGUAAUCAUAAUUUGUCUGAAUUUUUAGAUCUCUAAAGAGUGCUCAAAUUGAAGGACAACAUAAAUUAUCUAAUGCCACCUAGGUGAGCCUUUGUAGCUAAAGGUCUGAGAGUUGGUAUUUUCCAUUGUGAGCUGCUAUUUUUCAGGAGUUUAAGUGGGCCAUAAAAUUCUUGGCCUAAGUUAAGCCUGAAGGCCUGUCGUAAAGAGUCUUCUGCCACAAUCUGAUUUGCUUUUAAAUAUUGAAUAAGUGGCUGAGAUACAGCUCUUGUAAUCACAUUAAUUGAUGGUAAGGUGAGUUAAAGCAUGAGUUUGCAUGUUAGGCCAUAAAAUGGACUUGUAACAUUUGAAUAUUUCUCACAAAAAAAAUGUUUAAAUGAUGGUAUUUGGUUUAAAAGUGUUUCUAGUAUCAUGAAUGCUGUUUUUCAUCUGUAAAAGGAGGCAAUAAUGCAGGUGUUGACACCUUUCCACUUCUCCAAAGGAGCAUCUUGUGCAUUUGUACCAUGAUUCUGUUUUUGUAUCUUAAACUGUAGAAUAGCUAGUCCAGAACCAACAUUAAAUUGAUAUCAAGGGUCUGAGUCAAAAAUGUAAAAGCAAGGGAGUUGAUUCAAUUCCUCACCUUAGUGUGCUCAGAAAAAAAGUUUUGAGCAGAUUUUUUUUUUUUUUUUUUUUUGUAAUAAAUACUUACAGUAAAUGCAAAAUGGAGGUGUAAUGGGACCUGAGAAGGGAUGCAGUGAAAUUCUUGGUUUUGUUACAUGGGUCAGACUUGAUGCAGCUUACUGUGUGCUGUGACAUGUCAGGGUUGGCACCAGUGCUGCAGAUCGUGAAAGGUGCGAGAAAGGUUUGUGGCCAGUCUUGAUAACUUGGCAAUUCCGUGAAAUUACCAGUAAACAGUACAACUUCCAUAUGCUGUUUAGUUUCUGCUAGUUCACAUUGCAUGUUUACUUUAAACCAAAUCUUUUUUGCUAAGCAUGGUGCUUGUAUUGGUUUAAAUAAAGUGUUUAAUUAAAA